AUGCUUGUGUUCAGCACCAAGGACAGGAGUCAGGACCUGUACGUGAAGCGUGCGUCCUCCAUGUUCACCAUGGUGCAGGGCUUUGGUGUGACCAUCCUCUGGGAUAACGCCCUGCGUGCCUACAUCACGCUGGACCCAGUCUACUCCAACAAGGUUCGUGGACUGUGCGGCACAUUUAACUGGAACCAAGAAGACGAGUAUUCCACAAGAGAAGGGGACAUCGAAACAUCCCUGACGGCAUUUGCCAACAAGUUUAAGAUGAGGUUUGAGUGUUCAGAUGUGGACCAGUCACAGGAGAACUUCAACCCCUGUGUGACCUACUCACAAAACUUCAUGUACGCCUCCGAGAAGUGCAGCUUCCUCAACAACAAGAUCUUCAGUAGCUGUCAUGCUGAGGUUGAUGUUGACAUUUACUACAAGAUGUGUGAAUAUGACGUCUGUGGCUGUGAGGACCCCAACAAGUGCCUGUGUUCCGCCAUCGCUGCCUACGCCGCCGAGUGUGCCAAGUCAUUUGGAACAGACCUGUUCAUCAACUGGAGAGAGCAUGAAGACAUCUCCGACAUUUGCGCCCCGUCCUGUUCUGGUGGCCAGGUGUACAGUGAGUGUAUGAGUCCAUGUGGCAGCACCUGUAGUGACCUGCGCUAUGCUGAUGACUGUAACACCAUGGGCAUUGAGAUCCCCUGUAUCGCAGGCUGUAACUGCCCUACAGGUUUGGUGUUGGAUGACACAGGUACAUGUGUCCAGCCAGACAUGUGCAAGUGUAUGAAUGGAGACCUGUUCUACGAACCAGGGGCAACCCUCAAGCAGGGCUGCAACCAAUGUGUUUGUGAGAUGGCUGUGUGGAACUGCACCACCACAGACUGUGAGGAUUUGACAGUGUGUCCAGGAAACAUGGUGUACAAACAGUUUGUGUCACAGUGUCCACUGACCUGCGACAACCUGGACCACCCUGUCAUCUGUCACGAGGUGCAGCAGUACCCGGGGUGCGCCUGUGAAACUGGCAUGGUGCUGGAGGGUGACCAGUGUGUCAGCCCAGAAAACUGCCCCUGCACUCACGGAGGUCAGAAGUACCAGAGGGGAGAGGAGAUCAGACGUGACUGUAAUACUUGCAUCUGUAAGGGUAAGCACUGGGACUGUACACGGGAGAAGUGUGACGGAACUUGCCUGGCCUCAGGCGACCCUCACUACAUCACCUUUGACGGGAAGUUCUUCUCCUUCAUGGGCCAGUGUAACUACAUCCUCUCCAAGCACAACGACAACCUCUUCACUAUCACAUCUGAAAACGUUGCUUGUGGCACCAGCGGAGUGACCUGCACCAAGUCGGUGACGAUCAACAUCGGUGGGAUUGUGAUCCACCUCCUGAGAGGGAAGGAUGUAACUGUGAAUGAUCAGCCCGUGGCGAUCCCGGCCAACUUCGAGGCUGAGGGCAUCGUCAUCCACCAGGCGGGCCUGUUCCUCAUCGUCAGCGCACAGAUUGGCCUGCAGGUCAAGUGGGAUGGAGCAACAAGAGUCUACAUCAACCUGGACCCACAGCACGAACAGAACGUCGUCGGUCUGUGUGGAAACUUUGACGGAGAUGUGGAGAACGACUUCACCACACGCCAGGGCAACAUCGAAACACGCUCGGACCUGUUCGGCAACAGUUGGCGUAUCGACGAGUCCUGUGCCACCAUUGAUCACGAUGAAAUCAUCCACCCCUGUCAGGCCAACGAGAACAGAGAGACCUGGGCCAGGAAGAGGUGUGCUGUCAUUGCUGGAGACAUGUUCUCAGCCUGUCACAAUGUGGUGGCCUAUGAGCAGUAUCUGGAGUGGUGUAUCUUUGAUGCUUGUGGAUGUGACUCAGGUGGUGACUGCGAGUGUUUGUGUACUGCCAUUGCUACUUAUGCCGAAGCCUGCAAUGAAGUUGGCAUCUACAUCCGCUGGAGGUCCCAGGAACUCUGUCCCAUGCAGUGUGACAAUGGGUACAUCUAUGAGGCGUGUGGUGCGAUCUGCCAGGACGACUGUCAGAACAUCGGGGAUGAGCCUGACUGGUACUGUGUGGAGGGAGAGUGCUCCGAGGGAUGCUUCUGUCCAGAGGGAUACCUCGCAAACGGCGAGUACUGUAUUGAGGCCGUGGAGUGCCCAUGUUACCUGAAUGGCGUACCUUACCCAGCAAACACCAUCAUACAACAUGACUGUCUCAACUGCACUUGUAUUGAUGCACGGUUUGAAUGCUGGGGAGAGGCUUGCCCAGAGGUGACGUGUGCUGAGAACCAGUUCCAGUGUGAGAACGCGCGCUGCAUUCCCAUUGGCUGGGUCUGUGACAAUGAGAACGACUGUGGAGACGACAGUGAUGAGGUGGAUUGUGGUCCCCCAGUAUGUGAGGAUAAUGAGUUCACCUGUGCUGACGGCCGCUGCAUCCCCAUCCAGUUUCUGUGUGACGGAGACUAUGACUGUGGGUUUGAUGACCACUCUGAUGAGACAGGGUGUGAGAGCACAUGUGCCACACCGUUUGAGUUCUACUGUCAGGACGGAGAGUGUCUCCCACUGACCCACCGCUGUGAUGGGCACGACGACUGUGGGGACAUGUCUGAUGAAGUCGGCUGCAGCAAGGAGGUUUGCUACCAGGACCAGUUCCUAUGUCCCAAUGGGACCUGCAUCGACCCCCACAAGCUGUGUGAUGGGGUCAACGACUGCGAGAAUGGAACUGACGAGCAGAACUGCUUGACAACGACACAGCCUCCUCCAACAACGACCCCAUUCCUCACAACAACACCAGGUAGGUCUGAAGUGUCUGAUAUCUUGUUUGCAGUGUGUACUGGGUUCCCCUGUGCGACUGUGCCAGGCUGUAUCCAUCCUAACAACACCUGUGAUGGAGAGGACGACUGUGCUGAUGGCUCAGAUGAAGUAAACUGCCAGGUAACCUGUGCUAUACAGGAGUUCCCCUGCUACGACGGCCUGCGGUGUCUGAACUUGACCUAUGUCUGUGACGGCCUGCCCAACUGUCUGGAUGGCUCAGACGAGUUCGAUGAAGUUUGCAAUGAGACCUGUACCCAGUUCCGCUGUGAUACUGGAAAGUGCAUCAACUUCACCAAGCUGUGUGACGGGAAAAAUGACUGUGCAAAUGGAGAGGAUGAGACCAUGUGUGCAAGCACUACAAGACCUACAACAACCACAGCCAUUACAACAACAGCCGGCACGCAGGUAACAACAACAGCACCAACAACAACACAGCCUCCAACUACAACAAUGUUCACCACAACUGGCCCCUGUACAGAGUACGUGUGUCCUGAUGGCAGCUGUGCCAACUUUGAGCAGGUCUGUGACGGGACAAUGCAGUGUCCAGGAGGGGAGGAUGAGGAUGACUGUGGUGGUUGGACACCGUGGGGUCCGUGGGGAGACUGCAGUGAGACGUGCGACAGUGGCAUUCAGACCCGAACCCGCCUCUGCACCGACCCACCACCACCCAUCGACGACCCACUCAAGUACUGCCAUGGAGACGCAGAGGAACAACAGGAGUGCUUUGUUGAGCCAUGCCCGGAGUAUUGGAGCCCGUGGUCACGCUGGUCAGAAUGUACUAAUGGUUGUCUGGGAGACAUGACGUACCGUGUCCGCAUGUGUCGCAACAGAAUUGGGGACGGGACGCCACAUUGUAUCAAUGUCCUGAAUGCCACCAUGACCACCCUGGAGUACGCCAUGUGUAACAGGUCCGAUUGUCAAGUUCCUGAGUGUGUGGAGAACUCGGAGUGGCUUGAGGCAGAUGAGUGUAAGUCCUGUCCUGGCACCUGUCUGGAGGUGGCUGGGUUGUUGGGGCAGGUGGCAGAGUGCGUCCCACAGCCCUGUGAACCAGGCUGCUAUUGUAAGGAUGGUUUUGUGGAGUAUAACGGGACCUGUGUGCGUCAGAAUGAGUGUCCCUGUUUCAUCAACGGGGCCGUCUACGAAUAUGGACAACCCAUAACAGUAGGACCUUGUGAAACAUGCUACUGCAUCAAUGGGACACUGAGUGGAUGUGUGGACACCUACCCAUGUGAUGUGGACUGUGUGUGGUCGGACUGGUCGUCCUGGGGACCAGUGGUGGGACCGUGUGGUACAGAGGUACAGCAGUACUCCUACAGGACUCCAGGUUUUCCCCCAGCUCAGGGUAAUGGUACCAACUGUACAGGAUCUGACAGGAGGAUGAGGCUUACCAUGACUGAGGACUGCAUACCUUGCAUUGUUAAUGGAGAGGAGAAAGAGGUUGGUGAACAGUGGAGUGACGGCCCGUGCCAUGUGUGUGAGUGUACCGAGGACGGGAGUGUUUACUGCUGGAAGUACUGCACCAUUCACAACACAGGCUGCCCUGAGGGUUCAAUUCUAGUUGUACCUGAGCCUUAUGAGGAAUGCUGUUAUUGUAUGGAGUACUGUACAGAUGAACUGGGCAUGCAGAGUGGGGAGAUCCCAGAUGCCAGCAUCACUGCUUCCUCCUUCCUCACCACCAACCCUGCUUACAACGGCAGGUUGAACACCACAGAUGGAACCCCGGGCAUGCAGGGCUGGAGUCCAGAAAUAUCCGACUACCUGGACCUUACCAACAGCCCACCCUACCUGCAGGUGGAGUUUGACCAGCCCCAGGAGGUCACCGGAGUUGUCACGCAGGGCGCGGGAAGCUUCGACAUGUUCGUCACCAAGUUUACCCUGUCCUACAGCAACGAUGGUGCUGUCUGGCUUGACUUCAAAACAUCUGAGGAUGUUUCUGCACCCACUAAGGUGUUUGAUGCAAAUACAGAUGACACAUCUCUGGUGACAAAUGUGCUUGGCCGCGUUGUGACUGCAAAGUAUUUCCGCCUCAACGUUAAGGAAUACAACCAGGCCAUUGUUCUCAGGGUAGAGCUGCUUGGCUGCAGAGGUCCAGCCACACCAGUUCCCACCACAACCACACGCCUUACUACAACACCUAGUUUGACAACAACUGCUCCAGGCACAACAACAACUCCAGGUCUGACAACAAGUACUGCUCCAGGCACAACAACAACCCCAGGAGUAACAACCACAGCAGCGCCAGGUACCACCACUACCCCUGGAGUGGGAGGCACACCUGGAGUGACGACCACGGCUGCACCAGGUACCACCACUACCCCUGGAGUGGGAGGCACACCUGGAGUGACGACCACGGUUGCACCAGGAACAACCACGACAGCUGGAGUGGGAGGCACACCUGGAGUGACGACCACGGCUACACCAGGUACCACCACUACCCCUGGAGUGGGAGGCACACCUGGAGUGACGACCACGGCUGCACCAGGUACCACCACUACCCCUGGAGUGGGAGGCACACCUGGAGUGACGAGAACAACCACGACAGCUGGAGUGGGAGGCACACCUGGAGUGACGACCACGGCUACACCAGGUACCACCACAUUGCCUAUCACCCCCGGAGUGUCAACAACAACUGAAGCAGGCACCACUCCUUUUCCUACAUCACCACCUCCACCUCCACCUCUACCGCCGAGUACAUCCGUUGCACCGCCCCCUCCUCCACCUCCGGCCACAACGGCCGCAACAACAACAGCUCCUGCUACAACUACGGUUCCAGAGUACUGUUUGGAGCCGAUGGGCUUGAGUGACGGGUCUGUUCCUAGCAGCCAGCUGUCGGCAUCAUCCUCCAUCGACCUCUUCCCACCAGGGAAUGGCAGAGUGAACUUCACCACCGGAGGAAUAACCGGCUGGAUCCCCGACUCAGACGAAUGGCUGAAGUUCGACACGACGGCAGAGUCUGACGUGUUCACGCUCAUGGACGACGAGGAACCGCCAUAUUUGGAAGCUGACUUUGGCAGUCCGCAGGAGCUGACGGGAGUCAUCACGCAGGGAGGUGGCGGCGGUGACAUGUAUGUCACAAAAAUCACCGUAUCCUACAGCAACGAUGGGACCAACUGGUCGGAUGUACUAGAAGAAGAUGGCACAUCAACAAAGUUGCUGGACAUACUUGAAGUAGGAGGUAGGCUGUCUGCCUCGCCUGCGUCUGCCAUGAGAGGGCACGUAGAGGGCGUACAGUCUAACAGGUUCAUCCUCAGGCAUGCGUAG